AUGGCGCACACAGGUUGUUCCAGGACCUACGAUCUGCUGAAACAACGCGCGUCUUGGCCGGGAAUGAAAAUGGACGUUGAGAAGUGCGUACUUUCGUGCCGACAAUGCCAGCUCAUGAAAACGGAUUGCCGAGGAAUGCAGCAGCAAACGAUAACGAUCCCGGUCUCGGAAAUUGAUGAACUGUGGUCGGUCGACGUGAUGGGGCCGUUUCCAUUGACCAGGCGUGGUAACCAGUACAUUUUAUUGAGGACGGAGCACUUCACGCGAUGGAUUGAGGCGACAGGCAUCCCGGAUCAACGGGCUAGCACCGUUACCCAUGCUGUCAUGAAUCACUUGGUAGCGGCUCACGGAAUCCCAAAGGCCAUCUUAACAGACCAAGGGCCGUGCUUCGAGAGUGAAGAAUUCCGGAACUGUUUGGAGAAACUUGGCAUCAAGAAAUUGCGCACCACCCCAUACCACCCGCAAACAAAUAACCUGCCGGAACGUAACAAUAGAACAAUCAAGGAGUGGCUAGCAGCAAAAGGUGGAGACUGGGAGGAAUCGUUGCCGCUACUGUUGCUGGCCCAUCGAGCAACCAAACAGGCUCCCACAAAGAAAUCACCAUUCCAGUUGAUGUACGGUCGACAACCUAGUCUACCUGUGGACCUAGAGAUUGGAAUGUGGCCAACUUGCCGUAUAUCUCCCGAGGCGACACGUAGUAACCGGAAGACCGCCAACCGCAACCUACAGGCGACUCAGGCGCUGAUGAUGGCGAAGUUCCAGACCAGCAAAGGUGGAAGGAAUAUCGAGUUUCAAAUUGGUUCGAAAGUGAAGUACAGGGACCAUCAACGCUACCCCACUUGCGGCCCAGGGGAAAGGAAACUCCUAGCGAAGUGGAAAGGACCGUACGAGGUACUCGACCGACGAGGCCCAGUGUAUACAAUCGCUCGGCAAGGUAAAUCGCGGAGGGUGAAUGCCAGCGAGCUGAGGAAGUGGUACGAAUUGGAGGAGGAAACACGCUCGUACAGUGAACAUCCCCGGCGGUCAGAAAAACUCCGACGGAAGGCAGCUGACGCGAAUCCUUUGGAGGGGGAGGAGUGUGGUGGAUUUAAGGUAGAUACUACUGAGCCGGAUAUAAGUAGUGUGGUCCAAGCUGACACACCAACAGCGAGCCGUGCCGACUUCCCCAAAGUUGAAGAUGACCUCAGGAUUACAGUUCCAUGUGCACGAAGAGUAAACACAGAGGCGAGCACCAGUUGGGAAACACUCUAUGGAAAUCACGCGGAUGAGCGGACGCCUCCAAAGUAA